CAUUCUCUGAAUUGUAAGCAAGGAGGAGGAGAAGAAAACUGUGUCGAUCCGUAAAGCAACUUAGCAUCAGAGAAACCAUGUCGAUCCCUGAAACAACUUAGCGUCAGAGAAAAACGGUUUGUAGAUAUGGGGAAUUGCUGGGGUGCUCAAGCUAAUGCUAAAGCUCAAGUUAACAACCGUAGCCCAAGCACAACCAGACACUCUACCCCAGUUACAUCAUAUAACAACAGCAGCAACGAAGGUGGGCUUUCAAGCAGCACAACUACAACUACAACUAGCCACAGUCGAUUCUCGGCGAGUGGAAGCCUUGAUGAGGCGUUCCCAACAGGUCACAUCCUGCCCACCCCAAACUUGAAGAUCUUCAAUUACGCGGAGCUCAAAUUGGCCACCAGAAACUUCAAACCUGAUAUGUUACUCGGCGAGGGUGGUUUCGGGAAAGUCUUCAAAGGUUGGCUCGAUGAGAAGACUUUCUCGUCUUCGAAGAUCGGUAGUGGUAUGACUGUUGCAGUAAAAAAAUUGAAUCCAGAAAGCAUGCAAGGAUUGGAAGAAUGGCAGUCGGAGGUGAAUUUCUUGGGGAGGCUUUCUCAUCCGAACCUUGUAAAGCUCUUGGGUUACUGCAUUGAGGAUAAAGAACUUUUACUUGUGUAUGAGUUUAUGCAAAAGGGAAGCUUGGAGAACCAUCUUUUCAGAAGGAGUUCAGCUGUUGAGCCUCUUUCUUGGAGUAUACGGCUUAAGAUAGUAAUAGGGGCUGCUCGAGGCCUGGUUUUCUUGCACACUUCGGAUAGGCAAGUCAUUUACAGGGACUUCAAGGCCUCGAAUAUACUACUCGAUGGGAAUUACAAUGCUAAACUAUCAGACUUCGGAUUGGCGAAAUGUGGGCCUUUGGCCGGUGACUCACACGUUACAACACGAGUUAUGGGCACUUACGGCUAUGCUGCACCUGAGUAUGUUGCCACAGGGCAUCUUUAUGUUAAGAGUGAUGUCUAUGGAUUUGGGGUGGUGCUGCUUGAGAUGCUAACGGGCCUACGAGCACUCGACACGAACCGUCCUAGUGGGCAACAUAAUUUGACUGAGUGGGCAAAGCCAUAUCUAUAUGACAGAAGAAAGUUAAAAACCAUAAUGGAUGCUCGGUUGGAAAAGCAAUAUCCCAUGAAAGGUGCAUUACUAGCUGCAAAACUUGCUCUGAAUUGUCUUGAAGCUGAACCUAAAAGUCGUCCAGCAAUGCAACAAGUUUUAGAGACUUUAGAACAAAUAGAAGCCAUUAAAGAGAAUAAACCCAGCAGGGAUCAAUCCAGAACCACUACUACUAGAUAUCGUCCUCCUGAUCAUCAUUCUACUGGAUAUCACCAUGGCCAACUUCCUCAACCUCCACAGCAUCAUCGUUCACCCACGCAUCACCACCCAAAGCUCCAUGAUGGCAUCGGCAGAGGAGGAGUUCCUACACAUAUCAGCACAAUCAGAUGAAUGAUCUCCAGCUGCUGCUCAUGUAUUCAUCUCAGAAAUUGUUUCUAUUAUAUUAAUAGGGUCCCAAAUUUUUUUCUAAUUGUAGUUAGAUAGCAAAUGGUCUUCUCAAGUGUGAUUAUGACUUCAUGGUGGUGAGAAUGUAUUACAUGGUUGAUUGCAUCACAAAAUUAAGGGAAUUAUUUUUUGAACA